GAAGUCGGAGAUUGUUUUCUUCGGUUGUAAUGGCUUUAUUUAUUUGUAGUUUGGUUUGGUAACUUAAUGAUAGCAGCGGUUAAUGUUUUAAGCAAGUAUGAGUUCCCACGUUAUCACUCCGGGACCGUACCGAGCGACGAAACUGUGGAAUGAGGUGACUCAGCUUUUUCGAGCUGGCAUGCCCCUCAAGAAACACCGCCACAACUUCCGGCAUCACGCCUCUUGUUUCACUGCCAGCGCUGCCGUGGAUUGGCUGCAUCAGCUGCUUCUGAGCAACAGCAACUUUGGCCCUGAUGUCAGCAGGCAGCAAACGGUGCAACUUCUGAAGAAGUUUCUGAAGAAUCAUGUGAUUGAAGAUGUGAAGGGUCGCUGGGGGACGGAGGAUCUGGAGGACAAUAAUGUGCUGUACAGGUUUCCUUCCACAUCUCCUCUGAAGGCUAUUCCCUGUCCUGCUUCACCUUCCCUUAAGAAAACCUUUUCACUCAGAGACAAGGAAGGAUUUUUCAGGUUUAGAACGAUUAAGAAGCAUGAAAAGGAGCCGCAGGAAAAUGAUGAUCCCGCCCUUCAAGCUCAAAAUAAAGAUCAGCCAAUUGGAGAGCAGCAGACACAGAAACGACAGUUGAGAGUGGAGGAUGAACAGGAAGUCUGGAAAGACAUUACUCUGACCCACCUACAGAAGAUUCUGGGUCUUGCAUCUCUCGAUGAGGUUUUAGACCCGCAUUACGUUAACCCCCAGAACAUCAUCCACAAUAUGACCAGAGUCAAUAAGCAUGGAGUGGUCACGCUGGAUGACAAAACCAAUGAUCUUCCUCACUGGGUUUUGUCUGCCAUGAAAAGUUUGGCCAACUGGCCAAAGUAUGACGCUGCGCAACAGUCGUAUCCUGGCUUUGAGAGGGACGUCUUCAAAACAGUGUCUGAUUACUUCUACAGCCUCCCACAGCCAUUACUCACAUACAAAUUGUACGAACUGUUCAUCAACGUCCUUGUGCUGUGUGGGUACGUUGCAGCGCCCACUAUGCACCAAAGUGUGAAGCGCAAGAAGCCAGACAUUCCCUCAGUCCUGCCUCCAGCCAAAGCAUCGUUCCAUUCCACAGAGUGUCUCCUGCUGUCGCUGCUCAGGCAGGGGUCGUGUGAUGAGACUGAAUCGCCAAUGACAAAGGUUAUUGGAGGCGAGCUCAAAGGAGGUCCGGCUGGUGCAGGUGUGGUAGAACCCAAAAGGCCCAGAGUCAGGAGUUGUUCAUUGGAAACCAUCCUGGGUGACCCUGAGCCUUUGGCCCAUCAACAGCUUUUCCUUUCCACUGACAGCCUGGCAUCCUAUGUCUGUAGCAGAAGUUGCCAGGACAGUUUUGCGCCAAAAGACAUAAAUAGUGGGGACAACAGUCCUGUUGAUGCACCAUCUUUUCCAAAAGCACCUGACCUUCCUGUUAAUAGUGCACCAGAGGGUCUCAGGAAAAAUAGACAGUCUGUAGUUUCUAUGACAACACAGCAGCCGCAUGCCCUGCGGCCACGGAGUAUAGGGAGUUGCUUGGACAUUGUGAUGGAGAACUGUGGGGAAGACGUCAACGAUGCUCAGUGGCAGAGUCAAGCAACCAGUUGCCUUAAUGUGAACUCUGAUGCAGAUCAGUUCCACUCCUCUUCAUGUUCACGUCCUCGUUUUUCUUCCACCCCUCUUUCAAAUCCAACCAAAAUGCCAAAUUUUAAUGCUGCUGCAGGACAGUUUGGCCCGAGAUCUGCCUCCAGCACUUCUAGUCUUUGGACUGUCCCUGCACCUGCUUUUGCCCACCGCUGCCUCAGCUCUCUCGACGUGUCCAAGCUGAUUCAGCCUGCUUCAGUGUUGAAACCAGCUGUCUGUGCAUCCACCGGCAACUUCCGGCUCCCCCCACCCAUACCUCAGAACAGCCUUCUCCAGCCUCGCUGUGAGCGCGUUGCUAUCGAGGCCCUGCAGCUCUGCACGCUCCUCCUCCCCCCUGCCUCCCGCAGGAAGUUGCAGCUUCUGAUGAGGAUGAUGUCACGCAUCAGCCAGAAUGUGGACAUGCCUCGCCUUCACCCAGCUGUUGGCACCCGAACGAUGAUGGUUCAUACGUUUUCAGGUUGUGUUCUGGCCAGCGCUGAGGAGGGGGAUUUGGACGAGCUGUUAGCUACCAGACUAGUCUCAUUUCUGAUGGACCAUCAACACAUCAUCUUGUCGGUUCCAGAGUACCUGCUCAGUGCAGUCUGUGAUCACCUACAUUACCUCCGUACAGUACAGAUUCCCAUCACAGCUGAUUCUGGAAUCAAGGAUGGUGAGCCGGUUUGCGAUCCUGUACCACUGCAUAUGUUCUGCCAUCAGAUUAGCAGUGCCGAGUUUGAACAGCAGAAGUUGGCCUCUUCCCAGAAGGCCAUGGAGGAAUUACUGGAGCUCCUGCUGGCAGACCAGAACAUGACUGAGAAGGACAAACGCAAAAAACUCAAGCAGUUUCAGAAACAGUAUCCGGACAUCUACCGUCGUCGCUUUCCAUCCUCAGGCGGACCGAACCAGACUGACAAACCAAAGAUUAAACCUCCUCUCAUAAACUUCAAAAGAGCCAAAUCCUUCAGCCUCAGGAACUAAAAUAUCCAUAAGCGUGUUACCAUCCUUUUGGCCAUGCCUUCUUUUUAUUUUUGUUUGUUUGUUGCACUGACAGUGUGGUGCUGAAGAGAAGAUUUGGACAUUUUCUUUUGGGAGCCAAUGACAUGUUCUUGUUACGUGGGAAACGUUUCUGUUGCAUUUUCUUUCUUUUUUAUGAGUAUAUGAAGAGUUGAUACAGUCUGAGAGACUUCUACAGUGGUACAUGCACGGUUGGGUUCAUUUAUAUAUAUUUGGACAUUGACGGGUUUUUAAGCAGUCUAUAACAGAGCGAACCUGUUGAGAGGACGGGCUGUGAGCUCUGAUUAAAACAAUCUUGCCACAUGUUUUGAAGGAGCUAUUAGCACACUGGGUUUCUUGCUCUGUAGGCAUCAGUCUUCAGUUCCUGCUUGUUCCUGAUCCAUUUUGAUUUCAGCCAAUAAAAUGCAUGUCAAGUUAGAUUCAGGUCUUGUGAUUGGCGUCUCGCUUCUUUAACUUAAAAUCUCCACCUGUGGAACACGCUGGAUUUGAAGCUUUUGUGAGCAGUGUGACCCUAAAACAUGUCACCUUUCAUUCUCCUAGAUCGAAAGCUCUGAUUCAGCCUGCUCCUUCCAUUUGCUCUCAUAUUCAUUAUUUGCUUUCAGCUGCAAUAUGCUGUAAUAGAUGGUUAAAAUAAUAAAAAUGUCUAAAUAUGUAUGGAUCUGACUUUGUGAUAAUAUUAUGAUGUUUUUAGUUUAAGUGUAUUGAUGACUGAGUAAAAUGAAGGCAUGUGAACGUGCAGUAUUUUUCAUUUAUUUACUGGUGUUAAUAUUCUUACCAAGCCUUUAUAUUUUAUGUUUUGUUUUUCUCUUUUGUAUUCUCCCCCCUUGAUGUCACUGGUCUAUUUGGGAAUGAUUUAAUGAUGGAUUUUCUUUAUUAUUUAUAUGUAAGGUGAUUGGGAGAAGUACAGACCCCCCACCCUGUAUUCUUUGAAGUUAUAUUUAAAUAGUUUUUUAAUCAUUGAGCCUUUUUUCUCUUUUUGUCAUGCGCUUUGCAUUCAUUUAUUUGAUUUUGUGCUUUUGUUCCCUAAACUAACUUCUGCUUGCUCCCCCGUUUUGUUUUUCUUUCUUGUUAAACUUGAGAGUUUAGAUUUUGCACAUGUAAAACUAAAGUUUUGCGCUGGUUUCAGGCAUUUUGAAUGACUAGCGUGCUCUCGUCAAUCAUCAGAGUGUGUUAUCCGUGACCAUGUGGUGCACGGACAGCUCCACCGGCACACCUUUCCUAGGUGUCCGUCCUAUUUUUGAGGAAAAAGUUUCAACAUUUUAUUCAAAAUUCUCAGCAUCAGGAAAAGCAGUAUUAACUGUAUGAUGCAUAAGUGCAAUACAGGACCUAGUUUUCCUCAUUUAGUAAAUAAUCUGC